AUGCGCUACGCCAUCUUCGCAGUCACUGCCUUGACGGCUCUGACGAACGCUCUGCCUAUCGCUGAGCCAGAGGCCCAGCUCAUCGACACCAAACCCGGCACCACAAUCGAACUCGGCAAGCCGAGCACCGAGAUCACCUGGGGAAAGAGGGACUUGAUCUUCGAACCGAGCAAGCCCGAGGAUACGAUUGAGUUGGGCAAGCCGAGUACGGAGAUUACCUGGGGAAAGAGGGACUUGAUCUUCGAACCGAGCAAGCCUGAGGAUACGAUUGAGUUGGGCAAGCCGAGUACGGAGAUUACCUGGGGUAAGCGCGACCUCAUAGAUGUCAAGCCAGGUUCAACGAUUGAACUGGGCGAGCCAUCGACGGAGAUCACUUGGGGAAAGCGCGAUCUGGUCAUCAGUAAACCUGGCUCAACGAUUGAGCUGGGUACGCCGAGCACAGAGGUAACCUGGGGUAAGGAGUAG